AUGGUCUUUUUCGAUCUUGGGCCCUCCGAUCCACUGAGCAGCGAUAUCAACGAAGACGCUCCACUGGGAAGUGACCUGCAUGGUUUCAUCGUACUGGAGCUGAAGACUGUGGAAGCUUUAGCCUCGCCAUUGGCAAAGGCGGCCCAAAUUUGGGGAAGUGAGCUGGCUGUUGAAGGGGUCAUUCCAAUUGACAAUUUCUUGCCAGAAGGUUUGCCUCGGCCAUUGAAAUUGGGGACUUCGGCGUUCCGUGCUCUCUUCAUAGGGGCCUUGCAUUGGAUGCAACAGCAAGAGCACUUGACAAGGAAUGGGAACGGACGCCAUGAGUGCCGCGAGCGCGGCCAGGUCUACUCGAAAGCGAACCAAACUUGUCGCGCGGAGCCACUUGACAAAGUGGUCACUUGCUCUGCUGACGACAGCGCCUUGGUUUUUGACGUGACCAAUGGAGAGUGCCUGCAGAGACUCACGGGCCAUGCCAGUGCGGUGUAUCAAGCGGUGUUCUCACCCGACGAUUCCAAGGCAGUUCGGAUCAUGGAUGAAGUGAUUUUUGAUGCGAAAUAUUCUUAUAGGUACUCACUGCCGCUGCCGACACCUUUGCAGGACUCUUUGAAGUUAGCACAGGCGACCGUGAAGCCCCGGGAUCACGUGGAUCUCACGCUGUUGUGGUCAUAUUUGCUAGCUGUAUUGGGGUUCGAGUCCCUGUGGCGCUGGCGCUUUGCUUCUUUGUACCACCGCAUGGCAGAUUUUGCCUCCCGCCACAACAUCGACAUCACCCUCUCGACCUCCAAUGAACCGGAGCGCAACGUGACAGCAUAUGUUGAAUUACAUUUGCUUUCACACGUGGAGACGGUAGAGCUCCUCGGGAGGCUCUAUCGUGAAUUCCGCUCCUUCCUGAAAUAUUUCGCUGAGCAUCGCUUGGCUGUGUGGCUGCACCAGCAACCAACUUUUUUCACAGCUGACGAGUUGGACCGAAGAUUUGCUGCGGCGCCAUCCAAGAGGUGCUCACGGCCGGAGACGAUCGAGCGGUCAGGCCAAGCCCGACUCAUCGCAGCUGUUUGGUUCGUCCUUCGGGCCCGUGGAGGUUUCAGGAUGGCCGCGCAGGCCCUGCGGCGCGGUUCAAACACACCGCUGCGCAGGUUGGCAUUUGCCAGACCAGGCGCUUUGAGAUACCUUAGCCUGUCUCCGUGGUCCCUCAGUCGAAGGAGGUCUUUUAGCUCCACUCCAGGUCGAACGACCCUUGGAGCCUACCUGGAACGCUGUGGGGCCAACUGGGGCGAUGCCUACGACGUGGAGCCAAUCCAGGAAGCUUCUGGACGUUUCACUUGGCGCGCAGAAAUGCCGCCUGAGCGUUUGGCGGGCCUCCGCGCUGGUGAUAUGUUGGAAUCGCCCACCUUCCAGCUGCAAGGCGGCUGCAGAGGGCGAUUUCAGCUCUUUCCCUUGGGCGAUUCGGACAGCUUAGUCGCUGGGCGGCAUGGCAUCCUAGGGAAAAACCACGUGGCGAAGGGAGCCAGCCUCGCCACUGACUUCACCUUGCCGGCCGAAGGUUUGUGCUCUCUCUUCUUGUGUGCAGAUGCGCCGGUAUUGGAAAAUUUCCAAUUGCGGUUAGGCCGUGUGACGCGGGACAGCGGUGCAUCGGAGUUUUGUAGGUUAGAGGAAGCUUUACAGGACGGCUUCAUGGAGGUAUCGCUGGAGUUAGAGCAACGUCCAGAUGUUCCCUUCGAACCACCGGAG